GUAGGAAACAACACCUUCGCUCGUCUUUUACCAGAAACGAGCUUUGCCACAGGAUUUGACUAGAAAAAGGUAGCGACACAUGUCAACAGGAUGAUGUGCAAGCUGACACGAGACAGGACGCCACUUGAGACCGAUGGACGCCACAGAGAACAAGACCUUCAUGUAUGAUUAUGAAUAUUAUGAUCCCAACUCCACAAACGACGGCGAUGGAAGUCCACGCCACUCUGAUGAAUCCGUGGCCUUACGUGUUAUCCUCUGCGUCCUCUUCUUCCUUGGUCUGCUGGGCAACACGGCUGUUCUGUGGAUUCUCCAUCGCUUCAUCAAGCUGAAGACGCUGACUGACGUAUGUCUCCUCAACCUGGCCGUGUCUGACUUGACUCUGGCAGCAUCUCUCCUCCUGUGGGCGUACGAUUCCCACAACCUUGCACUAUGCAAACUCGCUACGGGGGUCUAUCAGCUGGGAUUCUACAGCGGGACUUUGUUUGUCACCCUGAUGAGCGCGGACCGCUACCUGGCCAUCGUCCAUGCUGUGGCGGCCAUGCGAGCCCGCACGCUGGGCCACGGAAUCACAGCCAGCGCUGCUAUCUGGGUUGCCUCCAUCGUCAUGGCAACCCCGCAGGUGCUGUUUGCCUCCAUCGAGACGGGUGCCAACACCUCCCCGAGUUGCCAGCCCAUCUAUCCGGACCACCACCAGCGGUUUUGGAAGAUGCUGCGAAACUUCAGUGAGAACGCGGUCAGCAUCUUCCUGUGUCUGCCAAUGCAGAUGUUCUGCUACGUGAAGAUCCUGCUUGUCUUGUCCAAGACGAGGAACGCCAAAAAGGCUCGGGCUGUGAAGCUGAUCUUCACCAUCGUGUGCGUGUUUGUUGUCUGCUGGGUUCCCUACAACGUUGUCGUUUUCCUUCAGACGUUGCAGCUCUUUGAGAUCCUACACACCUACAGGUCUUCAAGAGCCAUCAACACGGCCAUGGCCUGGUCGGAGAUCAUUGCGUUGUCCCACUGCUGCCUCAAUCCAGUCAUUUACGCAUUGGUUGGGGAGAAGUUUCGCAAGCCUUUGGGCGAUUUGGUGUCUCGAUAUCGUAAGAAGAGCAGAGAGUCUGUCGGUCAUGGAGACGCAUCAGAUAAAGAGACGUCCAACACCGCCUUGCGAUCACAACAAGGAUAG